CUGGGCAGCGGCAGGGCAGCCGCGGCAGCAGUGGCGGCAGCAGCAAGUGGUUGGGCUGCGCAUUUCCUUCCCUCCCCCUUGGCCCGGCCCCGCGGUGCCCAGUGCGCGGCGCCCGCGGCUCCUCGGUCCUGCGCGCCUCCCCGCAGCCACGGGCCGCUCCCUUCCACGCCCGCCCGCCCAUGUCCCUGCCCGUGGUGCUCCCCGGCUCCUGCUGCCCGGUGGCCGGGCUCUCGGGCGGGCCGCAGGCCGGGGGCCCGGGCGCCACGGCCACCGCUGCCCAGGAGCCACCGCUGCCUCCCUUGCGGCCACGCUGGCCCCGGGCCGCGCUGCAGCCCCCGGUGCGGUCUCGCUGCUCUGCCACCGCCGCCGGGGUGCUGGCCGUGCCGCCCGCGCUCUCCUCCCGCCGGGCCGCCGCCGUCGCCCCGAGCUCCGCGUUGCUCCCCGGCCGUCCACUGCUGUCGCUCGGGCUGCUGCAGCUGAUCCUGGGGUGCUGCAUGGUGGCACUCAGCUUCGGGGCGCUGUCGCUGAGCAGCUCCCCGCAGGUGAAGAACUCGUGCCCGUUCUGGGCCGGCUCCUCGGUGAUACUCUCUGGAAUCAUAGGAUUAACAACUUGGAAACGGCCUAUGAUACUCCUGGUCAACCUCUUCGUGCUGCUCUCUGUGGUGUGUGUCCUCUUAAAUCUCGCCGGGUUUAUCCUGGGCUGCCAAGGGGCCCAGUUCGUGUCCAGCGUGCCCAGGUGUGAUUUGGUGGACUUAGGUGAAGGCAAGAUUUGCUUCUGUUGUGAAGAAUUUCAACCAGCCAAAUGCACAGACAAAGAAAAUGUCUUGAAACUCUUCCCGGUUCAGCCUUGUAGCGCGGUUCACCUUCUACUUAAGAAAGUCCUUUUUGCCCUGUGUGCCUUGAAUGCCCUGACCACCACCGUCUGCUUGGUGGCCGCCGCCCUGCGCUACGUCCAGAUCUUUGCCGCCAGGAGGUCCUGCAGCGAUGAAUCCCAGAUUUCUGCCGAGGAAGUGGAAGAACAGGGACGCAUCCCAGACCCCGACGACUUCGUGCCACCGGUGCCCCCCCCUUCCUAUUUCGCCACAUUCUACUCCUGCACACCCCGGAUGAACCGCAGGAUGGUUGGUCCCGACGUGAUCCCACUGCCGCAUAUCUAUGGAGCGAGAAUCAAAGGUGUGGAGGUGUUCUGUCCUCUGGACCCGCCGCCUCCGUACGAAGCUGUGGUGAACGAGACAGAACGGGAGCAGACGUCUUCAUUCCAAAUAUCAGAGGGGUCAGAAGCCGCCACCAGCCCGAUGGAACCGAUCGGCGUGCCGGUGACUCACGAUGGGAACAUUCCUAACACACCUGGGGAAGAAAGCGCAUCCACUUCAGUUGCCAACUCAGACCAGCCACAUCCCGGGAGAAGCCGGAGAGCCCUCCAGCCCACGAUGACAAGGUCGAAGAGCGACCCUGUGUUCCAUCCUUCCGCAGAGCGAGCCGCUCCCGUGCUCAGCUGCGAAGCUGCCACGCAGACGGAGGGGAGACCGGAUCUGGCGGCGGUGACCCUGAGGCGGGGUUUGCGACCCAGAGCUGCCAGGUGCAGGCCGCAGUCUCUGAUAGACUACAAGUCGUACAUCGACACCAAGCUGCUGGUGGCCAGGUUCCUGGAGCAGUCCUCCUGCGCCAUGACGCCCGACAUCCACGAACUGGUGGAAAACAUCAAGUCGGUUCUGAAGUCCGACGAGGAGCACAUGGAGGAGGCCAUCACGAGUGCCAGCUUCCUAGAACAGGUUAAAUCGUACAACGCGAUCCCCUGAGUGGAAGCCACAGGGGAAAAGAUACAAGUGGGCGCGUGAAGGAUCCUCUUAGACGUCAGGUCUCUCACGUGAAAGUGGAGGGCUGCAUGAGGUGGUCCUGCACCUGUGUUUCUGAAUGAAGGGACUUUCCUUCUGAUAAGAACUGGGGAUGGGCCACAUCUUCGAUUACCCACCUCUUUUUAAAAGCGGUCACCUUGGGGGCGUUGACUGCACUGCUCCAGGGGCGUGGGGUGGUGGCGAAGGCCGCGGUGCUACCUGGCUGCGUGCAGCCAGUGCCCAGCAGACACUUCCUGAGUUGAGAUGGGCUGAUUCUCAGGUCGCUACCAGCACCGGGAUCCUGGGUAAAAUUUCAAGGCAGUUUGACCCGAUCCCCUUCUCACUGUCCUUUCUGUUCCCCUUUCUACCUCCCAGUCGCUUCUAACAGAAGCCACAGUCAGAGUCUCUCCCAGCCCCUAGGGGAGCCCGAGAGCAGUCCGAUUCCUCUUACGAAGAGGUGCACGGGCCAUGGACCCUCUUGUCUGCUUUCUGAAAGAGUGGUUGGCCCAUGGCCCUGGGUCAGGCUCUAGGUAGUAUCCCACGUAGGGGAGACAUUUACGUCCGGGAGUCCCUGGUCUGUGCAAAACGUCACUUCCUGCCUCCUUUCCCCUGUGCAGCCUCAGUAGCCACUAAACAGGAGCGAGCAUUUGGCGUCACUGAAAGGCUGCCGAGCUCUGGUGAGGUAAGAGCCAGAGCAUCUGCCAUGCAGGGGGUCUGGACCUUCUGCCAAGCCCUGCUCGCUGGGACAUCACUGUGGGUAGAAGACAACAGGUGCUGUCGCCACCAGCAUUCACUGGGCCUGGAUCGCAGUUCAGGUGCUGGGACUGGUGCAGUAGACCUGGGCCAUCUGCUGGAGCCUCCCAGCGUUUGCACAUUCUCACUUUCUCUACAUUAUUAGGAUGCAUUUGUAGAUCCUCUUCAAGUUUCACCAAUUCAAAACCACUUCUCCUAACUUACACGUAACAACAGUCGAUAGCUAUGAAUGUGGGAAUUUUCUUCUUACUCAGGAAACAAGGACAGGCCCUAAAGACAGACAGAAUCAUGGAGUGUUAGCAAAUCUGACAUCUCAUCUCUUGGAGGGUUAACUUUUUAGUGACCUUAACGUCUCACAAUGGGCCCUGACUAGAUGGCUCAGUUGGUUGGAACACUGUUCCCUGCACCAGAAGGCUGUGGGUUUGAUCCCCAGUCAGGGCAUAUACCUAGGUUGUGGGUUCAAUCCUCGUACGGAAGGCAACCAAUCGAUGUUCUCUCUCACCCGUCUCUCUCAAAAUCAGUUUAAAAAAUCAUGUCCGUGGGUGAGGAUAAGAAACAAUUCUGAAUGGUGCAAACUAAACAAAACAUCAUCCCAACGAUUGCUCUAUGAUGUAGAUGCUAACCAAGCACCGGGCUUCUCCCAGGCCGCUGACAGUGUUGUAGGUCAUAGACGGGCUGUGCAGUGUAACAGACUUCUGUGCACUGGGCAGCUCUCCCCUCAUCCAUCCCAGUUGGGUGAGGGAUUUAUCAUGCUUUUGUCAUUUUUACAAAAUAAGUCAUAUUAUGUUGUCCUUAACGUUAUGUAUGUGGCACAUGGCCAAAAAUAGAUCUAGCAGUAGAACCAUUCUUAGGAGUUUUUACAAAUAAACUGGAUUAGUUGUUAUGUUGUUUAUUGAAGGGCUAUUUGAUCGGUUAGAAGCAUCACUGGUUUUGGUUGACAUUUUAUAAACUCAUUACCUGGUCACAAUGCCAAAUAACAGGUACCAAAUGUUUGAGUACGUUAGUAUGGCCUGGGUUCUGGUUGCAAGUACAGGUGUUGCGCCCCACUCCUCACUCACAUGUGCGGGGAGCUGGGAACCCGCGUCUCUGACAGGCUCCCGUCCCUUCUUGUGAGGCCACAGUGAAACUGGGGAAAGUGAUGAGCAAUGUUCAGGAUAAAGCAGGACAUUGCAAUAGAUGAGUCAGGGAAGUGAGGCAGGGCUACCUGUGAAACCACAGGACAUCUGAGGAAUGUGUUAGAAACUUGAGAAAAGAGGCACUCUGUUAAGUCUCUGGAAUUCCAUGUGGGUUCCACUUUGGGAGAACGCCCUCUUUUCUUCCUCAAGGCAACUAAGCAUCACAGGGAUGGACGUAGGAGGCAGACCCAGGACCUCCGGUGAAGCUUAAC